AUGAUACUACAAGAAUAUUCUUACCAACCAUUUCCUAUCCCGGUCCCAAAUCAUGACCGGCAUGUUGGAAAGUCUGGUUAUGAGAAUUCUGUGCCUCCUUUUGUUCCAGUAGAUCAAGUUGGUGCCCAUGAAGGUAACAGGCCAAUGCCGCCACAUCCAAGAGGAGAUCCUCAUCUUUGGCGGCCUCCUGUUGGCACUCAUGGCACUAGGCCCCAUCCUGGUCCUGAAGGCCAUGGCCAUUAUGGUCAGGCUUGGCAAAAUCCUCAGAUGUUUGGUACUAGAGAAAACACAAGCUUACCACAAGGUCUUGGGCCAAGAGCUUUUGUCAGACCAAUGGUACCUCUUGGAUACAUAAAUGGACCACCAUAUCCUGGGCCUAUCCCUCCCAUGUAUUAUUACAUGCCUGCUGUACCUAUGGAUUCAAUGAGAGGUCCACCACGUUACAUUCAAAAUCAACCAGCUCCUAAUCCUGUUUUAUCCCCAGAAGCUGCUGAGUUAAGAUCUAAUAUACUAACUCAAGUGGAGUACUACUUCAGUGAUACAAAUCUGGAGCAUGAUGAUUUCUUGAAAUCUUUAAUGGAUGAGCUUGGUUGGGUUCCAGUUUCAAAACUUGCAGAUUUCAAGAGACUUAAGAAAAUGACCGAGGAUAUACACCUGAUAUUUGAUGCACUGGCAAGCUCAAGUCUUCUAGAAGUUCAGGAUGAGAAGAUUAGAAGGCGUUCUGAUUGGUCAAAGUGGGUCUCGCUUUCUGGUACAUCUGUUGCGAGCCCAUCAUCUGCCAGUAUGGAUAGCAGUGUGGGUGACAAGAACAUUGGUGGCUUUUCAAAUAAGGAUGCUUAUUCUGAAGAUCAAAAGAAGUAUUAUCAAUCUAAAGAUAUUAGAAAUACAGAUAUUGGUGUCGAGGAAAAAGUUAUUGAUGAACAAGUGCAAGAUUCACAUGGUUAUUCAUUGAAUAAGGACUUUUCUGUCAUCAGUAUUGAUGAAAAGAAGAACCUUUCUGCACACCCUUCACACAAACAUGAUUCUUCUUUUAGAUUUGGUGAAGUUCAGAAAGUGAGGUCGAAGAUAAAUGUACCUGAUGCUCAGAGUGAAAGAGGUUUCUCUAAUGGUUUCCCAAGUGACUUCUCUAGCUUUGGUGGUGACCAGAGCACUUUCUUGCUUGAUGAGGAAUUGGAACUGGAACAUGUGGACCAUUCACGUGAUGACCUCUAUUCACAUAAAAGGGGCAAUGAUGAGGAUGAGGACUUUUUUGUUGAUGAUCAAGAUGUUAGCAGGCUAAUGAUUGUCACACAGGAUACUAAGCUAGAAAAGGAUGACAAAAAUCGCAAAAGUUUACCACAAGCGUUUUCAACUGAGGAAGCUUCAAGAAUAAGUGAUGCCUUAUACCGCUAUGAGAAACUUCAUGGUCGGCCGACUGAUAAUCAAAGAAGUUCCCAGGCUGAUCCUGCAGAUGUUGAUUCUAAACCAACCAGUGGUUCAAAGGCGAAUCAUAUUGGCACUGGGACUAAUGGUACUGAAGAAGCUGGACAGCCCAUUCCACGUAGGCGCCAAAAUAGAGAAAGUCCUCCAGGCAAUUCAGUUGGAUAUUUCUAUGGAUCUACUCCAGAAAAUCACAGUUAUAAAAGCUCAAAGCUGAGUUCAUCUCAUGGAAUUCCUACUGGGAGCUCGCCUGUUGGAUCUGUGCCCAAAUCUUCUCCACAAUCUCACCAUCUUACUUUUCAUCUUUUAGAAAAGAAUAAGCUCCAGCAGCAAAGGUACAAUAAGUUCAAAAAUCAAUGCCUCAUGGAGCGUAAGAAAUUAGGCACUGGCCAGAGUGAGCAAAUGAACUCACUGUAUCGUUUUUGGUCGUACUAUCUAAGAGAUAACUUUAACGAUGAUAUGUACAAUCAUUUUAAGCAAUUGGCACUGGAGGAUGCUGAAGCGAGCUACAGAUAUGGUCUUGAGUGUCUAUUCAGAUUUUAUAGUUAUGGUUUGGAGAAAAACUUCCAACCCAAUGUAUAUGAAGAUUUCGAGAAGCUUACUUUAGAAUUCUACCGUAAUGGUGAUCUUUAUGGACUCGAAAAAUACUGGGCAUUUCACCAUUACCGAAAUCCAGAUAGUGGACCUGUAGAUAAACUUCCAGAGCUGGAGAGGCUCCUGAGGGAGGAGUUCCGGACCCUAGAAGACUUCAACAAGGCAAAUGAGAAAGCCCGAGAGAUGGCAGAGAAAGGAACUCGCAUCAGUAGCAGCAGUGUGGCGGUGACCGCAAGUCAUACCAAGGCUGAGACUAAGUAG